CACCCAACGCCGCCCCGCGCGCAUCUCUCAUUCUCGUCCGCCGAUAACGAGAGGUACAACCCCCGACGAUCGGCGCAUCGUCGCGCGCCGAUUCAACCGGCGUGGCGCGGCGCGGCGCGCGCUCGCGUGGCAAAAGAUUCGCGAGGAUCGAGCAACGCGGGUGGAUGCAUCGUGAUCGCGCGAGAGAGCACCUUGCCAGCUUUCCUCCGGCUCGGCUCGCGCGUUUCGGCUCCUCUUUCCUCGCGGGGAAACUCGUCCCGAACUUAAUGACAGCGGAAGGAGGCGGCAUCGGUGGUGUGCUCGGGCAGCUUCAUCAUGCUGAGGGAUAAAAGGAUGUCGCCGUGAUGUUACAUCGAAGCGCUUCGUCGCGGCGCCGGCGAGCGUCGCCAAACGUGGCAAACUCGAGCCAGCCGGCAUCUUCGACGAUGCGAGGUCGACGAGCGAGUGUAGCCACUGAAAAACCCCUCAUCUUGCCACCAAGUAGCCCCGGCGGAACGAUGGAGAGGCAGCGGUCGCCGAGGGGUAGCGUGGUGCCGAAUAUCGCUCUGGAUACCGAGAGCGACUCCCCCGACGAGGGAGUCUGUCGCAGGAUCUUGCCGGAUCCAGAACAGUAUGGCACCGGUCGCAACUCCCUGGCGCCCGAGGUGAGCCGCAGCCCGCGAAACUCUCUGAUACCGGACGAUUACUGCAGAAGCCCGCGGGGCUCCCUAAUACCGGACCCGAGCAGGAGCCCACGCAAUAGUCUAGUACCGGAAAUGGUGCGGUCACCGCGAAACAGCCUGACGCCGGAAGUCUCUCUCAGCCCGCGUCACUCUCUGGUGCCGGACUUGGCACUCAGCCCGAGGAAUUCUCUGGUGCCGGACGUGGCCUAUAAUCGCAGUCCACGAAACAGUAUGGUGACGGUCGGCGGCUCUAGAAUAUCCCUCUUACCGGAGAACGGUACCGCGAUCGCGGCCGCCACUCGUAGUCCUAGACAUUCGUUGGUGCCGGACUCUACGAGAAGUCCGCGAGGCAGCAUGGCGAACCUGGACUUCGACCGUAGUCCGCGUGGCUCGAUCUGCCCGGACUUGCAUAGGACACCCAGGAGCAGUAUCACGCCUAUGGAGGUCGCGGAUAGGAGUCCACGCGGUUCGAUAGUCUCGGAGUGUCUGAACCAGAGCCCCCGCGGCUCUAUCGCGCCCGAUCCUAACAGAUCGCCCAGAGGCUCGAUAGUGCCGGACUCGAAUCGGUCCCCGCGCGGCUCGAUAUGCCCGGAGAGCAGCAACAGAAGUCCGAGAGGAUCGAUCGCACCGCACGAUCAAACGAACCGAUCGCCGCGCGGAAGUAUAGGCAUCAACGACGUCGACAGACACUCGAGAGGCUCUCUCGGAGCCAUCGACGACGAAAACAGAAGUCCCAGGGGAAGCAUCGGGCCUGAUGGGAUCAAUAGAAGUCCUCGGGGUAGUCUCGGAGGGCAUCAAGACAGAAGGGCGCCGAGGGGCAAUCUGGGCUUGCAAGAUCCUAGAAGAGCUUCCGCGGAUCAGGGGAGUACGAGAAACCGAAGUUCCUCGCCUUAUCGUCAAAGAGAAGUGAGCUCGGGAAGCGUCAGAUCGGGCGGAAGCGGUGGCGCACAGGUCAAUCUGGGAUAUGGAACGAACGCCUGGGCCGAUUCCAGACGAGCCAGCAGCUCUGUUUCGCAGCUUUCAGGCGACGAAUCGCGCCGGCUUUGCUCCAGCGGCGCGAAAGCACCUGAAAAGGGCGACGCGGAGACUGCGAAUCUCGGCGUGGCAACCUACGGCUCGGUCGUGUUUCAACUGAAAGACGCCCACCUCGAGGCGAACGGCAUCUGUGACUUCGUCUUUCGCGCUUUGAGAGUCAUCAGCAAGACGAUGACGUUCACCAUAUGUCUGACCUGUUUGUCCACUGUGCCUAUUUUGAUGUUCAUCUUCGGUGUGCAGUUCAUUAAGGAUUGCCCUAAAGAACCGUACCUCCCCGUGUACAUGCUGAUCGGGGGAGUUUUGGGUGCCGUGCGUAUGUUCUGGGCGUUGUACUCGCAGAUACGCUCUCGGCGGCCGGAAGUCUUGUCCGUUCCCAACACCAGACCACACGUCUCGCCUAUGAAAUUACUCUCCAUAGCUUUAUCGUGCUUCCUGGUCGUGUGGUUCGUGUUAGGACAUUACUGGAUACUGCAUAUAAUGUGGCCAGAAUACGAACUUUCGUUGUACGCGCCCAAUAGGUGGUGUCACAAGACGCUCUAUAUUUUUUCUUUGGUUCAUCUGUGCGUAUCGUACGCGGUUUUAUUUGUAAUAUUAAUAGUGGCGGUCGGCUUGGCUUUCUGCAGAAUUUUGGAAUGCCCUUUACCAGAAAGAUACAAAUAACCACGGCGAUCCGUUCGCCAGAAUAAAAUUCGUAAGAUGAGAAACAAGUCGGCGGCCGGAGCAGGCAGUUGGAGCUUAGACAGACGCAAGUUUCUGGAGGAUCUGCAGGAGGAGGAGGAUGACGAUUACGACGACGGCACGCGGAGUGAUGUCGAUCUGGACAAUUGUGGCAAUAAGAUCGUGCAGGAGGUCAAGUAUUGCAGCAAAGUGCAGUUUCGCGCGCCGGAUAUCAUCGAGCUGUGAUGAAUAAACGAUGCCGCGACGUAAAGGAACGGGAGAGGAGCGGAAGGACUCCGGAGACGGACUGCCGGCAGGAGAGUGAGACUCGUAAUCUCGAAAACUUGCCCCGCGUUAACGAGGACGACGCUGGCCGCGGGGGUAGGAUUUGCGAGAUGAAAGGGGACGGCGAAGGGAAACGGAUAACGAGGUCGCGAAAGGAAAACGCCGUCGAAGGUCGACGAGGGUAUAUCGCUUUCGUGAAUAAUCGAGGUCUCGACUCCCGACACGUGCAAGAUCCCGGGAUGGAAUCUUUGUAUUUUCCGCGAACGGGGAAAUCUCCACACGACGGAGAUAUAUCAGCGAGGAUCCAGAUCGAUCGCGAAGGAAUUACCUCACGGCGGAUGAAGCGAGCACAAUGGAACGAAAGCGUGUAACCGUGACUCGCUUAUCCCAAUUAAUUCGGUGGCGUAUGAGGGAGAAGUGAAUCCUGCGGUAAUAUUUAAUUAAGCAACGUUAAAUGUGCGCACACGGCGAAAACGGAUCAUUUCCAGCAACACAAUCCUUUCAAGAUGUAAAUUAAAAUAUUGGCACUCCCGCGCUCUUGUUGUUUUCAAUCUCGCGCGCAAAUAUGCAUGUGAGAGAGUUAACAUAAUUUCAUGGUGGAUUUAACCGGAUUCGGAUACGCGAUAAAGAAAAUCCGCAGCGGCGAAAGGAAACGGUAUGAAAGUUUCAAACGGCGAAAGAAGAUUACCCGAGGAAUGCUUGUAAGAAUGAUACUGGAUUGGAGCACGUCUUCGCGGAGACAGAGAAUAUUUUCCGAAGGAUUUCGUCCCUAAAGCGUCGUGGUAUCGAUUUAAGUCGCGUCCCGGCUGCGAAGGAAUCGAUACGUAGACCUCCACUCCGUAUCGAAACAAGGAUCUCCGAUUCGUCGCUCUCGUCGCAAAUACCACUCGUCCGUCUUUUUACGCGCCAAUUAAACGUAGAAAUUGAAUUUCGAAGCACGUACAUGACUUAAUUGAAUUAGAACGGCCAAGCAAUACGUCUUCUUUUCCCCGGGAAAUAUUUGCCAAGGAAUCCACAGCGCAGUUUUAAUAUCGAUUCGGUGUGAAUAAUUGCCCAGAUCUGUAAUCAUCGAUCUUCCGAUUAUUUUAAUUCACCCGGCAACGUAAGAGCCUUAUUGAUUUCCUCUCUGAUUUUUAUUAUGUAACUUCCAGCGAGAAUACAAAUAAGUUAGCAAAGUCUAUUCCUACUUGUUUCACGCCACGAAUAACUAUGGAAACUUUGACCAAUGAAUAUUUCCAAAUAAAUUUAUUCUUACAAGACUUGUUGACAAUUGGAGAUCUCGAGCUUCGUUAAUUCCCACGUAGAUACGCCCCCGCGACAAACUCGACGCGUAACAAACUCGACGAACCAUGUUCGAAGGCUGCACGAAGUUGAGGAAAAUUCGCGGAAAUCCUACGACUACAGUUUUACGAAGACGUAAUGCCUCGCGUAAAGUUGUGGUUCACCCAAACGAGAGAAGAACUUGUGAUUCCGCGGAAUUCCGCAUUAUUACUUCGGACGUCCGAAGAAGCGAAGAAUCGCACGGAGCGAAGAACCGACACACGGGGGAAGACUGAAACCAGGUAUCGACUUAUCGAGCGGCGUCGACGACGUCGAAGACGGUGUGCUUCUGCCGGCCGACACAACGCGCAAAUCCGCUUCAUCGAAUCAAGUCUGGCGAAAAUAGUUACGGCAACUGACUGCGACAACCGAGUUCCUCUGUUCGCUUAGUGACGGAAGUGAUACCGAGACUAUUUGUCCCGGACCCAAUUCGAUCUUCUUCGCCGUGAAGAUAAUACCCGUGCGAAAUUUCGCGUGCGACGAAGAAUUUAUUGCUCGCCCGCGAAAAUACACAGCCGCACUUCGUAAGCGUAUUAAAGUUUUCUCAAUCGUUUUCUGUUAUCUCCCGAUAAUGUCGAGCGUCAGCCGAAGGUAAGUGGAUCUGAUUAAGGAUGCUCUAACACGAAGUAGAAGACGUAAAUUGAAGGGGACAUGCCAUCUUUUUUUAUCGCUCGUUUUCUGUCCCUCCCUAAGCCAAAUGGUAAAAGCCACGGCUCUUCAAAUCAACCUUUGUUUUCCAGAGAAAUGUAGAUCAUUCAAAUGACGGACGUUCAGUCUUUGCAUUUUGUACGAAAAAUUUAUAACGCGACUUCUCGCUUCUCUAUUCGUUCCAAUCGUUACGGCGUUCGAAUUGCUUCUUGUGGCUCUCGUUUCGAAUAGUUUGUCGAAUAUUUGCGAUGUGCCGGGAUAAAAAAGAACGCGUCGACUCUCAAAAGAAACUAAACGCAUCUCGGAGUUGCUAGCCGCGUACUAUCGACUGGUACGCCAAUCUUAACGCGAUCGACUAAUUAACGUACUCUUCGCGAGUGAAACUUUCCAACUACAGAAGGCAAUUGUUACGAAUAGGUUUCUACACACAUACCGCACAGAUACACAGACUCGCACACGCGUACUACUUUUUUACAAACGUUUGUACUGAGCGUGACGUUGCCCUCACAGAUCGUUGCCGUUCCCGUCUCGCUCUUCGAUUUUAUCGGAUAACAAGUGUAAAUAGUAUGAUUCUCGCGUUAUCGUUCGAGGAAUAGCGCAAUUAACGGGACAAAAAUUAACGAACCAAUUAAUGAUAUGCCGCGAAUGUUCUCGCUGAAACUUUACCUCGGUUGAAAUGCCUCAAAUGGUCCGACGCUUCUCUCUAGAUCCGACAAUUAACCACCAUUUUUUUUAAGAGAAUGUUUUUCGACUAUUCCUCGUAAAGGAAAAAAAAAGAUAACGAAAGAAUAAGAACGAGGAUUCAGGGAAAGAUAUUGUACCGAUCGUACUGAUUUCGUAGGAAUGAUAGACGAACAGAAUAACAGGAUGAGUCAAAGUUGAAAGCCUCUGCCCCGAAUAAGAUGUAAAAAGUGAUGGGAUACGAUCAGAAUGCAGAUUAAAUUGAACGAAAGUAGGUCAGCGGGCUUUCUGAGUAAAAAUUGCGAUUCGCCCUGCGAUCCCUUCCGUUCGCGGGCACUGCAUGCGUAAAAUUCCGACGUUACGAGAGUUAUUAAUUAUUUAACGAAGCGGUGCGCGUGCAAAAAUACUGUCGAAUGUAAAUAUACCGUUACCCCAGUUAUCGCGAAGUAGUUGAAAGCGCAGAAUGUGUCAAUUCUAAGGUUCAAUCCGCUCCCAAAAUUACGACUUAUCGCGGUAUACCCGGUGCACAGGAUCGCCGUUGCAGCUUGCGACGAAAUGCAUCGUCACUAAAUUUGGAGGCUUUAUAAUUAGGCUAAUGGUACAUCUCGUCCUGUCGACGUACCGUGUGAUGCGUGUUAUGCACGCGUCUCGAGCAACCUGCGUAAAGGACUUCGAUCCAGGCGUCGUCCUUUUGCAAUUACGACGCGACCGAUCGCGCCUCGAUGCAAAACACGUCGAAGAAAAAAAUAGACCGA